UUCAUGACCUUGACUCUGUUUCCUAUCCGACUCUUUUUUGCUGCUUUUAUGAUGUUGCUGGCCUGGCCUUUUGCAUUCAUUGCUUCAAUGGGAUCUGACGAGCAAGAGCUUGAAAAACCACUCUCCUGGUGGCGAAAGAUAGUGGAUAUUUUGCUGAAAGCAAUCAUGAGAAUGAUGUGGCUCGCUGGUGGAUUCCACUGGAUCAAUGUGAAAGGCAGACGGGCGUUGCCAACGGAAGCAGCAAUAUUAACUGUGGCUCCACAUUCUUCCUACUUUGAUGCCAUUCCAGUAACUAUGACCUUCGCCUCCAUUGUGAUGAAAGCAGAAAGCAAAGAUAUUCCUAUUUGGGGAACUCUAAUCAAAUACAUCCGACCAGUAUUUGUCUCUCGAUCAGACCAGGAUUCUCGCAGGAAAACUGUUGAAGAGAUAAAGAGGCGUGCUCAGUCUGAUGGUAAAUGGCCGCAGAUAAUGAUAUUCCCAGAGGGCACUUGCACAAACCGAUCCUGUCUAAUUACAUUCAAGCCUGGAGCAUUUAUUCCUGGAGUUCCUGUACAGCCAGUGGUUCUACGUUAUCCAAACAAACUGGAUACGAUUACAUGGACAUGGCAAGGGCCAGGAGCGUUAGAAAUUCUGUGGCUUACUUUGUGUCAGUUUCACAAUUCUGUGGAAAUUGAGUUUCUACCCGUGUAUAUUCCUUCAGAAGAAGAAAGAAAAAAUCCAGUGUUAUAUGCCAAUAACGUCAGACGUGUAAUGGCAGAGGCAUUGGGAGUUUCAGUGACAGACUACACGUUUGAAGACUGUCAGCUAGCUUUGGCUGAAGGACAACUUCGUCUGCCUUCAGACACGUGUCUUUUAGAAUUUGCAAAGCUUGUGAGAAGCCUUGGGCUGAAGCCAGAAACACUUGAAGAUGAUCUUGAUAAAUAUGCUGCAAGUGCCAUGAAAAUGAAAAAAGAAAAGGUUGAUCUUGAAGAAUUUUCAGCAUACUUGGAAUUUCCCGUUUCUCACACGUUAGAAAGUAUGUUUGCGCUUUUUGAUGAGAAUGAAGAUGGCGUAAUUGACAUUCGGGAAUUUGUCAUUGCUCUGUCAGUGGUCUGUAAGCCAUCCAAAACUCUGGAAACAAUGCAGUUGGCAUUUCAGCUGUACCAGUCAAAAAAUGGAACUAUAACAGAAGAGGAUUUAGCUCAUAUUCUGAAGACUGCCAUGGGUGUGUCACAGAUUAAUGUUACGCAUCUCUUCAGAGCUGUAGAUGAAGAAGGAAAAGGAGAGAUUACUUAUGAUGACUUCUGCAGAUUUGCUGAGUUGCACCCACACUUUGCAGAAGACUAUCUCUAUGCUGAUCAGAUGGGAGCUGAGAGUGGCUUGGAGACUUCAUCCCUUUCUGCUCCUAAUGGUAUCUGUACUGACUUCAGCCCUGAAAGCGCUGAAGACAAAAACAAGCCCCUGCAGAAGAAACUGAAUUGACACUACAACUGUUUUCUUCCUCUCCUG